UUCAGCCAAACAUGGUUUCAAUGAAUGUUGCUAUUGUUUUGGGGGAAUGAGAAAAAAAGAUUGAUCCCUAUCUGUUAAGUCAUUAGCGGUUCUAAAAACAUAAAUACCAGGGCUGAGAAUGGAUGAACAAGGCUGCCCAAGAUGUAAAACUACAAAAUACAGAAAUCCAUCUCUGAAGCUCAUGGUCAACGCCUGUGGUCAUUCCUUAUGUGAGAGCUGUGUUGAAUUGCUAUUUGUAAAAGGUUCUGGUGCUUGCCCUGAAUGUGGAACUCCACUGAGGAAAUCUAACUUCCGUCUUCAGAUUUUUGAAGAUGCGGUGGUGGAGAAAGAGAUUGACAUCAGGAAACGAGUACUAAGAGAUUUCAACAAAAAAGAGGAAGAUUUCCCUGGUCUGAAGGAAUACAAUGACUAUCUGGAGACAAUUGAAACUAUUGUGUUCAACCUGAGCAACCAAAUUGAUGUCGAUGCCACAAAAAAGAUGAUCGAUCAGUAUAAGAAAGAUAACAAGGAUCAGAUUAGGAAAAGCCAAUCCAAAAUGAGCCGUGAUGAGGAGUUCUUGGACACCCUGAUCGAAGAAGAGCAGCAUAAUGCAGCUGUGAGGAAGAUGAUGGAUCAAGAAGAAGUGAAGAGAGAGAAGGCUGCCAAAAAGAAAAUCCAACAAUCUCUCAUUGAUGACCUGAUGUUUUCCGACAUGUCGGCCAAGGACAUUAUCAGUUCCCACAGACAGAACAUUCAGCAGCAACAGGAGGAGGAACAGGAAGCCAGAGCGGCCACAACAGCUUUCUCAACCGGCAUCAAAAUUGGCCAACAUUCGGACAACAUUCAUCUGAUGAAACAAGAGCAGGGUCAGGUUUUCCAUUACUGUCCUCUGAUCAUGGAGUGGUGUGGACCAGAACCCCCUACCAUGGACGAGAUUUACCACGAUGGGUAUCUACGAAAUAUCCGGGCUGCCACAGACCAGGAAAGGGCUGGAGGUUUUCGCGAAGCAACGGCGUGUCACCGCGCUCUGCAGGACGCCCUGUGUGGUCUCUUUUCCUUCCCCAACAUCAACCCAUCACCGGUCAAGUCUGGAGGGGCAGCAGCAUCCUCUACAGCGUCUUCCUCAUCCUCCUCCCACUUGCCAAUGGUGCUAUCCUGACCCUAGUGUUUUACAUUUAUGUGUUGUAAUUUGUUAAAAUAUUUUCUUUGUUUUGUUUCAUACGUCUGUUUUGGUCUUAUUUUUCUGUCAGGGUGUUUCUGCAGAAUUUCGUAAAUCUUUGAUAUUCUAAGCAGUAGGUUAUUAUAAGAGUUGGUCCUGAUUAGUGAAUCUAAUGUUAUGCCACAUUGCACAUGCAGAGGAGGGGUAUCAGUCCCAUAGGUUUGUAAAUCUUGCGAGAUGUACAAUUUUAGUUGGGGUUUUUUUUGUUCAGUUCUUUCUUCAAUUUUCAGUACUUUAUCAUUAAGAGAGUAGUUUCGUUUUACGAUAAACACUCAUGGCAGUUAUAAUAAAUUACAUGCACUUUUUCGGAUAUAAAAGAUUAUGAAAGAGUUGAAUCUUUAGGUCGCUUUAUGCAACAAACUUCUGAUUGAAAAUAGCAGAGGCUAAUAAAAAAAAAAGAUAAUGUCUUUUUCGUUGCUGUCAGAAACAAAAAGAAAUUUAUACGUGAAUUUUUUAGAGUUCUGCUUGAUGUAUUCAAUGUGAAUAUCUUAGUGUAAAAUGUUUAUAAAGUUUGUUUUAAAACGUGAGGGAUCCAUUUUGCAAAAGCACAUUGAUUUCAGCAUUGUGAUUUAAAUUGUUGACGCAUCAGAACCUUUAAACAAGUGUCAUUGUGGCAGGCAUGUUGCACACUGAUCAUUUAAUUUAUUUUAGAUCCUAUGGACCCGAACUUCUCUGGGUUGACUCAUAGAUUUACACCAGUGCACAUUGGGGCAUACUUUAAGUUUGGAGAAAGGUGAAACCUCUGGUACAUAGGUGUUAAACCCACUAAACAAAUAGAGAUUCACUGUUACGAAAUCCACAAACACUUACACAAAUCAUUUCAGCAGCAGCCUUGGAUGUAUAGCCUGCAGUAAUACUGUCAAAUCCCAUUAUACCGCCUACCUUGAGAGAGCAUGAAGUUGGUGAUACAGCAGGGCUGGCAGUGCAAAGAGGUUUUCGUGUCCUCUGUUGAACUGAUAUCCCCCGACGCCAGAUAUUUUGCCAAGGGGCCAAGAUGGCGAGGUUUCUGUAAAAUUUCUCCAGGCGACUUAAAAUUUAUUUCCACUCUUUUAUUAUAUUGACCAAGGUCUAAAAAUAAUAGCUUUUGCAUAAUCAGCACAUCAAAUUUAGUCAGAUUCACACGAGGAGCGAAAUUUGAUGCUGAAUUACAAAGUUGUGUUUUAUUUUUCUUACUUACACAUUGUAUUGCGUUCGCUUGCGGCAUACUACAUCACUGUAGAUCUAUCCAUAUUACCUGAUAUCUACAGGACAAGGGUGGGGAGUUGGGAUGGGCGGGGAGGGAGAAAAUCUGCGAAUAGCGUUUGAUCUAGACUUAGGCCUAGCUCAUAGAGACUUGUGAGUGAAAGAUUGUCAAGCAACCUUCGAGUGCAUGUGCCGAGCACCUUGUGUAGCUUGGUGUGUACUCUGUACUUUUGGUUGUCAGUUCUCUGGCGGUACAAUGGGGUAAAUUUACAGUAGUUUAAUAAGGAGCGUACAACCAUCGCGGAUUGCCAUGUAAAGGCACAAAUACUAUGUUUUUAUAGGGGAUUCUUUUCGUACAUUGGCAAAACCUGGCGGUAAGCAGGGCUGGUGGUACAACAGGGGGAGGUACAACGAGGUUUGACUGUAUAUCAAAGUCUCAGGAGGUAGAAAUUCACUUGCACUGUAUAAGGUCUGUUAUGUUUCAUUGAGAGUUUGUUCCCUUUCUUCUGAUGACGUAAGUCUGUGUGCCAGGUGGUGAACCAGUGUCUGUGGUGUAGUGGUCAGUCACUUCUCUGUCACAGGCAGAAGAUUUGUGUUUGGACAACUUUAUAUUUGGUAUCUCGAUCUUUCUGCUAGUAGGAUGUUGUAUCCAUCUCAGCCCGGGUUGGUACUAACAGGCAAAGUCGAAAGCCACCUCCUACUCAAUCUAAGUUGUGUAGAAGGAGAUGUAAAAAUACCUUCAUAGAAAAAAAGAACAAAGAAAAAAAUUGGCGGUGGACCAUUUUUACAUAGGUGGUUGUCAUGCCAGAAAAUUCCUUUGCUGAAUUCAUUUCCCUUGCAACGUAGAUGAUGGCUACGUUCCCCAGCACUUAUCACCAGUUUGUUUGAGGUGGGUUUUUUUAGAAUUUAGAAGAAAAGUUUCUGUGAAGACAAUGUUUUAGUUUUAGCUUUGAAAGGGUAUGUUUCUUCAUUGUUCAUUUGAUCCGAGUCUUCACAUAAUGUCUUUUUUUACAACAGGAGUGGGGGCAGUACCCCUGGAGCCAUUCCGUGGUGUGACCUGUUUUGUGUAAUGCGAGGCACAGGGCUACUGUUGAUAUUCCUACAUUUUUCUGAGACUGAGAAUUUGAAGUGCCCAUUGUCCGUAAUCAUACCUCCAACCCCCAAACUGGACAUGUGUUCUAUUAAAAUGUUAUCAUUUGUACAAA